UGCAGCAAAAUAUAGAAGCUGCUUGUUUUAAGUCAGUUCCUUAACAUUGAUGAAAACGUUCUUGUUUCAUAGGCUGAUUAUUAAAGUUAUAAGAGGAAGAAAUGUUUAGUUACUAGUGAAAUAAUCUGUCAAUGGAACAUGAACCUUUUUCAAGUUUCUUUAGAAUUAUGAGUUGUUAAAGAUCCUCUGUAUGCAGAUGACAGUGCAGAUCAGUGUCCAUCCUGUGAUUGGACAGAUCGGUGUCCGUCCUGUGAUUUUUUGGCUUCCUGUCCAGCAGGAAGUUGUAAACAGAGUUUAAAAGUUGCUGCAGAACUGCAGACAUUCACAGGAAGCUGGAUCAGCCAUGGGUCUGCUGAAGGUUCUGCUGGUGCUGGUGCUGGGUGUUUCAGUGAACUCAGAUGUUUCUCUGCAGAAGAGAAUCAUUAGAGGUCAUAACUGUGAUGACAAGGAGCUUCUUUAUCAUGUUCGGCUCGUGGCCAGGAAUCCUACUACAGGGAACCUGUGUGGAGGAUCUCUGAUCCACCCUGAGUGGAUCCUGACUGCAACUCACUGCUGGAAGACAGACUGGAUUCUCACAGCAACUUUCGGAGUUCAUCCACGGACUGCUAAACAGCACGAUCAGAUAAUCCAACACGAUCCUGUGAUUUAUACUGACCACGGCCAGCAGCAUGACAUCAUGUUGUUGAAGCUUCAAACACCAGUAACAGAUGUCCCACUUGCUCAGCUACCAGAAUGCAGUAAUCGUCUUAAAAUAGGCAAUACUGUUCAGCUGGCAGGAGAGGGAGGAACGACAGUCGGCCCCAAUAAUCAGCGAUUACCCGAUUCUCCUAUUUCACCACAUCUUCAGUGUGUCAACAUGAAUGUUCUAAAGGUUUCACUCUUUGAACCAACACAUGGGCAUUAUUUCCGUGUUUCAGCAGCAAACAAGGAUGUAUGUUAUGGCGACUCUGGUGGAGGAGCGAUCUUCAACAACAGGAUUUAUGGUGUGAUUGCUGAAGGUGGACCAGAUCCAUGUCAGACACCUGCUGUAAUCAUGGAUGUGUGUGAAUACCUGGGGUGGAUAAAAUCAAAAACUGGGCUUAAAUAAAACACAAACUGUCAUAAAA